GAGACCGGAAGUGGCGGUGCACCGGGCGGACGGGAGACCGGAAGCGGAGGGGGACCGGAAGCGUCGGUGCACCGGGCGGGCGGCAGGAUGAUUAAGGCGAUCCUGGUCUUUAACAAUCAUGGGAAGCCGCGGCUUAGCCGCUUCUACCAGCAUUUCUCAGAGGACAUGCAACAGCAGAUCAUCCGAGAGACUUUCCAUCUGGUGUCCAGGCGAGAUGAAAAUGUCUGCAAUUUUUUGGAAGGUGGCAGUUUGAUUGGUGGGUCAGACUACAAGCUGAUAUAUCGACAUUACGCUACCCUGUACUUCCUGUUCUGUGUUGACUCAUCCGAGAGUGAAUUGGGAAUUCUGGAUCUGAUACAGGUAUUUGUGGAAACAUUGGACAAGUGUUUUGAGAAUGUCUGUGAGCUGGACCUUAUUUUCCACAUGGAUAAGGUUCAUUGCAUUCUGCAGGAGGUGGUAAUGGGAGGAAUGGUGCUGGAGACUAACAUGACUGAGAUUGUAUCGCAGGUUGAGGCACAGACUAAACUGGAAAAGUCUGAGGCUGGAUUCUCUGCAGCACCUGCCCGUGCAGUCUCUGCUGUCAAGAACAUCAACCUGCCAGAGAUCCCACGCAACAUCAAAGUUUCAAAUCUAUCUCCAUUUGUGUAAAAGGACAUUUCAUAUUAAUGAUACCUGCUCAUCUACUGCAUUCACCUGUAAAUACUGAGAGCUUUCAUCACAUCAUCUUUGAUGGGAAGGUUAUUGUUACUAAAGUAUGAUAACUUGUGGUGGUUUCUCACUUGUGCCCUCUAACUGUAUCAAAUCCUAAAUUGUUACAAUACUUGAGAGACAAAUCCUGACACUGUAUUGAGUAUCUACCCACAUUGGUUCACGACAGACAGGAACACUCUAAGCAUUUAGCCAGGGCCAAUCCUUAACUAGUGCUUUGAACCAGAUAGGCUGUAUCUCUAGAGCAGGCACAUUCCGAACCGUUAUCCACGUUCACCCCAAAUGAAGGAAAUUACCCAGAAACUGCCAAUACCAACCCCUCACUUGGUCCUCUAGAAGAUAGAGGAACAUAAUGAGGGACAAUUUAACAGCUCUUUCUGUGAUCUGACUAUAAUGAUGCAAAUGGACAUCUAUGAAUUCCUAAGAAAUGCUUACCGACUAAAGUGGGAUUUUACCCUCCCCUGUCCUCCAAGCUGGAAGACAAAGGAUGCGUUUUCUUCCAUUAGUGAACAUAAAGUGGAUUUUCCCGCAACCAUUAUUCAGGAGAGAAGUGGAGCGCAUGCUUUAAUAGAAAUUUGUCUGAAAUUUGAAAUAUUGACAAUUAAAGUGCAUUUCCAUGUACCAAGUUGUUAGCAGUUGUAUAUUCUCUUUCACUUUUAAGUGGGGUGUUUCUUAGCUGAGAAUGGAAGUGGUGUUAAAGGAUGGGGCUGAAUUUCCUGCUACUCAUUGCCCCAUCUAAUUGGACAAACCAUGUAAUUUCAUGAUGAGCCUAUUUUCAUUCAAACCAAGAGUGUGUGCCAGGAGAAAUCAGUUUAUUUAGUGAAUUGUCAUAAAGCAAAACCAGUGAUCACCAA